AGGAAACCUAUAAUUGAGCCUUUUCACUUUAAACGCCCCCUCCCCCUCUCAUAAACGCCUCUUUAUUUUCAUACAUAAUUAACAUUUCUGAUAAUAUUAAUGAAUAUUAAUUACUUAAAUUGAAUAUAAAUAUAGCUAAGCUAAGGAUAAAGUAAAGAAUAAUGUACUGGAAUAUAUUUCUAAUCAGCUACUCUAUACUAUUCAAUUUUAGAGUCCAAUCUGUAAUUCCAUCCGUAAAGUUUAAGUGUGGAGGAUCGUCGAUAGACGAAACUUUGUGUAUCGCUUAUGGUUGCAUGUGGAAUUCUGGAAUUUGUAGUUAUUCGAAAAAUUUCAUUCGUGGAUUCAAUACGAUGAAUGGGAAAGAGACAAGUAACAAUGUUAUAUUAAAUACAUUCAGCAGUUCAACAGCCAUUAAAUGCGCUAAAGAAUGUUUAAAAAUUCCAGCAUGUGCAAGCUUUUCUUACGUAGUCGAUGAUUUGUUUUGUACUAUUAAAUCUCAGGUUGUUACAACAACUGUUGUUGAAAGUAAAUCAGAGAUGCAAUAUAAUAGGAAAGCUCAUCCGGAAUUAACUUGUUUUCAAGCCCACUGCUACGAUGAACCUGGAGUUAAAAGACUUCUUACAUACAGGAGCGAUCCCCUUACUUCUUGUCUCGCAAACUGUAAAGCAACCUCAAGUUGCACUCAUAUUACUCUUUCCCACGAAAAAGAUAAUUACUCUUGUUUCUUGGGAAAGAAAUUAUGCAAUGUUUUCAGCGAUAAAUUUAGAUCUAAGCCUUAUCAAACAACUUGUCUCAUUGGUCCAAUUUUCCAUAACUCUCUAAAUCAGAAGAGUCAACGUCUCACGAAUCUAACUGACAAUUUAGCUGAUACAUGCGUAAAAGUAACGGCUGAGAAUGAAUUCUAUUUACGAAUACCAUGGCCUUCAUUGGGUAAACCUACCACAGAGUUUGAAAUAAGAAUAAGAGGAUUAGAUAUGUCUAAAUGUUUUCAUUUUUCGGAACAGUCUCCCCUAACGGGCUUAACAACCUUUAUACCCCUCGAUGAUCAAACUGAUGCGAUAUUUUCUGGGCAAUUUAGAGGCUGCAAACUGAAAACUGAAUAUAGUGGGACAGAUUGUACAUAUACAUGUACUUGUGGUUUUAACUACUGUCAAGCCGUCUAUAUAAAAGCGUUUGCAGAAAUUGGCAAAGAAAUGAGCAUCUGCUCUUACGAAAUUGAUCAACCUUAACAAUGGAAACGAAGUCAGAAGUGGAUAGGAUAAAAGUUGAAUUAUCCUCAAGUUUACAAGUUAUAUUAUCUCUAAUGCAGUAUACUCUAUUAUUACACUGUUAGCUUUUAUUGCUUUUAUUUUGUCAUUCUAUAUAACAAUAUGAAGAGUAAAAUAGAUGCAAACUUUCAAUGAUUCUGGAUAGAAGAUAUAAGAAUGGCUUAUAGUCUAUAAAUUAGCAAUGACUAAUUACAUCCUUACUAAUUACAUUUUAAUUAAGCUUUGAUGCCAUUUCAAUAAAUAACAUUUCUUCAUCAUAUA